GAUGCCCCAAGCUACAUCUGAACAGAUAAGAAUGGCCAAUAUGUCAGCAAACUCCGACGAAGAAUCACAAAUGAAGACUAAGCUCAGUGAGGUACAAGAAAUCGUCCCAGGCAUACCUGAAGAAGAUAUCAUAUACGCUCUUCAACAAAAUGAUUGCUGCGUGUCAACUACAGUUGCAAUGUUAUUAGAAACAAUGGAUGAUUCAAAAUUCGGUGAAUGGCAAGAAAGUGGCAAAAAGAGAGGAAAGAAACCAAAAGCACCUGAAAAUGAGACCCCAGCUGUUGAGGUUAAUCAUGCAGAAAUGAGUAAACCUUCAAAAUCCAGAGGUGGAAAAAAAGGAAAUGUCCCUCGUUCACGACCGAAGGAUAAUCAUGAAGAUUCAGAACGACAAAAUAAUGAUAGAAAUCGAUCAGACACUGGAGGUAAAGAAAGAGGAAGGGGUCGAGGACGAGGGCGAGGCGGCUCAACAAGAGGACGAGGAUUCAACCGAGGCGGCGCUAGGUCUGUUAACAAGAUUUCGAAUGCUUCAAACGAUAAUAGUCCGAAACAGGAGAUUGGUAUGUGGGAGAAUGGUAUGGAUACAAAGCAUACAUGGGAGGAUGACGAAUGGCAAGGAGACUUGAAAGAUUCAAAAGUCUUCACGCCUUCUGUCACAGCUGUUUCAGGUAAAUCCAUGAAGAAUACGGGUGCUAGCGGAGACUUCGGCGGCGAAUUUUCUACACAUCAGGCAUCUCAACCAGAUUCUAAAAUUGGUAAGAUACGGAUGUUGCUGAAUAAAUCACCCAAAUCAGGGGAUAAUACUAAUUCGAAUACCUUUAAUACUGAAGUUUUCGACAAAGAGGCAACGGAAAACUUGAAGUCUGUGAUGGGCAUUGGAACGAAUAGCGCCAAGCCUAUCUCUGCUCCAAACAAGCGACCAGGACCACAGUCUGCUAAAGUAACACAGUCAGCCGUCGAAAUGCCAUCUGGGAACCCGUCGGCGUCGUAUAAUUUGGGCGUUUCUUUUGGAUGGAGGGACGGAAAUGAAGGAACAGCAACAACUGGUGGAUUGACUUUCGGCGAUAUUGGCAGCGGUCCCAUUAUCAAUGGAAGUGUCUCUCCGGCUCCCCAAUCAAGAGAAUCUCCAAUGAAACAACCACCAGUAGUAACUCAAACGAUGUUCUCAUCAGCUAGCAAACCUGAAACAUCAGACACGCGCGGAUUCUCUUCUCCUUCAACAACUGCCUACUCGACUGACCCUACAAUUUACGCCCAAACAAGUACUAUAUCUUCUUCGUAUCAAACGUCGAACAAUAGUUUCAGCUACGCUCCAACUACGAGUGGUACAACUGAACCUUCAACGGCUAUGGCUAAUGCUGUUUCAAAAUUGAAUGAAAAUUUAACAAAAAUGAGUGUUGAUGAUGGAUCUGCGUCCACUUCAAACCGUCUGCAUGCUUCAAGAUCAUCAAAUGGCUAUAUGGGCGCAACUAAACUACCUCCUGGCGUCGCUAUGCAGCCACCCCUGAUGAAUACAGGGUAUUUAGUUGGACAACCAAAUGCUCCAACAGCUGGUAUACCCUACUACUCUAAUCUUCAUGCCAACCAACAAGUAUACAAUACGGCUUAUGAUAGUAACGAUCUGAUGCAGUUGCAGAGAAUGCAGACAAUGCAGUACUAUGACAUGUCAUUCCAGCCACGAGGCGAGUCGUCAUCGCAGCAGUUCAAUACCGGAGCCGCAGCUACUGCAUCCGAAAAACUAAGUCGUCAUGAUUCGCAAUCUCCGGCCAUGAGUACAUCAGCAUCUGUACCUUCCUCGAGCCACCAACAACUGCAAUAUAUGGCUAGCUCUGCUAUUCCACCAGGCUAUCAUCAUUAUUACGCUCCAAGUGCUGCUGCCGGCUAUGGUCCUCAUUUGUACAGCAUGUAUAAUACGCCAAAUACGUUCAACGCGGCACCAAAACAAUAUUCCAAUUAUAAUUCGACAUCGACCACUUCAGCUGGAGGUGCUGGAACAGGGGGUGUAGCAGAUCACUAUGGAGGUUCAAAGAGCGCUUACGAUAAGAAUUUCCAGAGUUCGACAACUCCACCAUACAACCUUCCUCAUACCCAUACACAGCUCCCACAAGUUCCAUACGGACCUCCACCAGGCCAAAUGAUGAAUAUGAUGAUGGGAGUACAAGAUCGUGUCAGUGCUUCUGGUUCGACAAAAGGAGGAAACUCGAACAAGUUCUAUACAAACAACUGGGCUUAGACAUAUCCUGGUUGGUUGAAUAUUCAAUUUGUGAAUCAGUUUAGCGCUGUAUUAUAAAUCUACGUUUAGUGGCGAUAUACAAAUAAUAUAAUAUAUUCGUGGAUUUUCGUGAAGGAUUUCGCGUCUUAUGAAAUUAAUACAAAUCUGUUAUUUGUAUAUUUUUCAUAUAAAUACAUGGUUAUGACGUGUAUUAUAUUUCGCUGAAUUUUUAAUGUUUAUUUCCGUU